CUGGAUAGUAACAUGCAUUCUCACUCUCAGCCAUGGGGCUCUGCUGGUCGGCCGGGGACGCGCGCCAGAGAUUCGAAAGCAAAUUAAAGCGCCGGUCACGGGGGCUAUAGAAAGCCCGGCCACUGGCCAUGCCAUUCCCAUUCCUUUUCCUUUCCGUAUAGCUUUCUUCCUCAAGCCGCUUUGCGUGCCUCCCUAUCUCUCUCUCUCUCUCGUCGACGAUCGGCGGCAGCUGGGACGAUGAGCUCGCCGUUGGUGGCGGCGCGGAAGCAGCAGCAGCUGCUGCUGCUACGCUUGGCCGUGCUGCUUCUUGCGGGUGCGGCGUCCAGCCACGCCCAGAAGUACAACGCGGUGUUCAACUUCGGCGACUCGAUCACGGACACGGGCAACCUGUGCACGAGCGGGAAGCCGACGGCGAUCACCUUCACGCAGCCCCCCUACGGCGAGACCUACUUCGGCUCCCCCACCUGCCGCUGCUCCGACGGCCGCGUCAUCGUCGACUUCCUCAGUACCAAGUUUGGGGUGCCGUUCCUGGCGCCGUCCAAGUCGUCCAACGGCACGGACUUCAAGCAGGGCGCCAACAUGGCCAUCACGGGGGCGACGGCCAUGGACGCGCCCUUCUUCCGCGGCCUCGGCCUGUCCGACAAGAUCUGGAACAACGGGCCCAUCAGCCUCCAAAUCCAGUGGUUCCAGCAGAUCACCUCCACCGUGUGCGGCGACGCCGCCGCCUGCAAGCGGUACCUGCGGGACUCGCUGGUGGUGUUCGGCGAGUUCGGGGGCAACGACUACAACGCGAUGCUGUUCGGCAACUACAGCGCGGGGCAGGCGAGCAGGUACACGACCAAGAUCGUCAACACCAUCAUCAGGGGCGUGGAGAAGGUGGUGGGCAUGGGGGCGAGGGACGUGGUGGUGCCCGGGGUGCUCCCCAUCGGCUGCUUCCCCAUCUACCUCACCGUCUACGGCACCAACAGCAGCGCCGACUACGACACCCUCGGCUGCCUCCGCAAGUUCAACGACCUCUCCACGUUCCACAACAACCUGCUGCAGGCCAAGAUCGCCCGCCUCCGCAAGCGCUACGGCCGGGCGGCGCGCGUCAUGUACGGCGACUUCUACUCCGCCGUCUACGACAUGGUCCAGAACCCAAGCAAAUACGGAUUCAACGCGGUUUUCGAGGCGUGCUGCGGGUCAGGGGGAGGCAAGUACAACUACGCAAACAGCGCGAGGUGCGGGAUGCAGGGCGCGGCGGCGUGCGCCAGCCCGGCCGACCACCUCAGCUGGGACGGCAUCCACCUCACCGAGGCCGCGUACAAGCACAUCACCGACGGCUGGCUCAACGGGCCCUACUGCAGCCCGGCCAUCCUCCACACCUAAACAUUCUUUUAUUCUAUUUAUUUAUCUAUUAUGGAGCUGUGGUAGUACAGUAGUAUUAUUUAUUGUUUGAUUUGAGGUUCAGUUUACCUAAAGGAAAAAAGGAAAUUUGUUUCAGUGUCAUAUAUAUGGUACGGUGGUGCUGAAAUUAUAAUCUAUACGUUGCCCAAGAAGAAGAAACCGGAGGCAACUCUCGAAUAAAUUGGUGUUGCUUUGUUCCAUCAAA